AUGGCUGGGAUUACCCAACCUUAAUAUGCACUGCUACUUCAUUUUCGCUGAAACUGAAAUUAUAAAUUUAUAAUCAUAAACCUCUCUCUCUCUGUCUACCUAGUGCUGCUAUGGCUUCGCUCCUGUUUCCGACUACCCGCAUGAGACUAAACACCAGCCUAAGUGCAGCCGCGCCUCCUCCUCCUUCACCGUCUUCCCGGAGGCCAUCUCCGCCGACGAGUUUUCUCUCUCCUUUCGUUGGUGGCAGCAUCUCCGGCGACUUUGCGGGUCUGAGGAUCCGACCCGCUUCCCUUGUUAACACCUCCUCCAAUUCGACCUCUCGAGGGAAACGCGGCGUUGUUACUAUGGUAAUCCCUUUCUCCAGAGGAAGUGCUUGGGAGCAACCUCCACCAGAUUUAGCAUCCUACUUAUACAAGAACCGCAUUGUGUAUCUGGGGAUGUCUCUAGUGCCUUCUGUCACUGAACUGAUACUUGCUGAAUUCCUUUACCUACAAUAUGAAGAUGAGGAGAAACCAAUAUAUCUUUAUGUGAAUUCCACUGGGACGACCAAGGGUGGUGAGAAGUUGGGCUAUGAGACGGAAGCAUUUGCAAUAUAUGAUGUUAUGAGAUAUGUGAAACCACCAAUUUUUACGCUAUGUGUUGGCAAUGCAUGGGGAGAAGCUGCACUUCUACUGGCUGCUGGUGCAAAGGGUAAUCGAUCUGCCUUACCCUCAUCAACAAUCAUGAUCAAGCAGCCAAUUGCCAGGUUCCAGGGUCAAGCAACAGAUGUAGAGCUUAUGAGGAAAGAAGUUAGAAAUGUGAAGGCUGAGUUGGUCAAACUCUACGCGAAACAUAUUGGAAAAUCACCUGAGGAGAUCGAAGAAGACAUAAGGCGUCCAAAAUAUUUUAGUCCUAGCGAGGCUCUUGAAUAUGGAAUUAUUGAUAAGGUUCUCUACAAUGAGAGGAGUACUGAAGACAGAGGAGUUCUAUCGGAUCUUAAGAAAGCACAACUUAUUUAAAUGAAUUUGAAGUGCUUUUCGCUCGGGCCAGAGUAGCAGGAUACUUUCUUCACACAUGGAUUCAAGAUUUAAUUAUAUUUUGGACGUUGGAGCGGAGUACUUGGAGAAGGAUCUGGAGUUGUUAUCCAAAAUAACUGGAGCUUCGUGUUACAUUAAAAUUCACGAAAAAGCUAGUCCUUGCAUUGGUCCAUAAAGGCAGUGUAGUGAUGCGUUUUGUUGUAUGUUAUGGCAGUAGGUCACACUAACAUUUCAUACAAGUUUACAGUAAUUGGAGAAUGAGUUUCAGUCUGCAGGUCUCUAUUUAGAUGCAUGGGCUUUCCAGUGUUUAUAGUGCCUCAGGAUUCUUGGUUAUUCAGUACCAGAAUAUAUUUUCUGUUUCGAAAGAAAUAUGCUGGAUUUCCGUUCC